AUGGAGGAGAUUGCCAAAUCGUGGAAGCAUCAAGACAGAGGUCUCUUUAUUGACGGCCCAGGCUUACAGCAGGUUGUCAAUGAACUUAGCAAAGAGAAGAGCGUCGAAAGAGAUGAACCUAAGCUUGCCCUGCGCUCAGACACGUUGAUGGAUAUUGACGCACCAGCACCAGCGAAAGAGGAAGUGGUCAUUAACUGGACCGAUUACUUCAAUUUCAUCACACCAGACGAACAGCCGAACUUCGAGUUUGAUAGAGUGAGAAAGCAGUUCACCCCCAAACCGCCCGUGGGCCCUAAGUUGCAGAGCUCAUUGAAAGCUGCUACAAAUUAUUUCAAUCAAAGAUACCAUCUACUUGUGGAUCGUUUGUCGAGGCAUGAAAACUUUCAGAAACAGUCAUUCUCCAGUCUUGCAGCCAUCAACAGCACAUUGAACAACAGCGACGUGAAGUACGACAUCACACUAAUCAAAAACGUCUUAGGACGUGAUGGUAGUAAGUUUAUUCUAUUUGGACUCUUGUCCAAGAACAUGAAUGACAACUACAUUCUUGAGGAUUCGACUGAUCACAUCGAAUUGGACUUCACACAUACACAUGCUACCGAGGGCUCCUUCUAUACACCUGGAAUGUUCCUCAUCGUUGAAGGUAUUUAUUCUGCUUCAGGUGGAUCGAUGAGCAAUGACGCGUCAGUGAUUAGCGGUCGCUUCCAUGUUUCUAACGUUAGUCACCCACCCGCCGAAAGACGCGACACAAGUUUGAAGAGUUACGGCUACCUUGAUUUUAUGGGUAUUCUAGGUGGUGUCUCACGGUCUAAUGGUGCCAUUGGUAAAAUCGAUAAACCGUUAAGAAAGAAGCUCAGCUCUUUAGAAAAAGCUUUGGGUGGACACAAACUUAUAUUUCUAGGGGCUAACUGUUUCCUUGAUGACAAAAAGAUAAUGACAGGACUCAAGAAGUACUUUACAAAACUUGAGGCUCUUCUUAUUGAUCAACAAGGUUCGGAUGAUUCAGAACUUCCCUUGGCAAUUGUCAUGACAGGCUCGUUCUGCUCUCAACCGCUCACAGCAGCCAAUGGGUCAAGUACGUUAGUUUCAAACUCAGAAAACUACAAAAGCAAUUUUGAUGAUUUUGCUGCCCUCUUAGGGAACUUCCCAGUAAUUAUCAAAACGUGCAAAUUCGUUUUGGUUCCAGGACCAAACGACCCAUGGCAAUCGUCCUAUUCUUUAGGAAGAGGAAGCCUCACAAGCAUACCGCAAAAAUCAAUUCCAAAGGUGUUUGUGACUAGGCUAGAAAGACUUUUACCUAAGGGCAACCUCAUUUUUGGCGGAAACCCAAUGCGCAUCAAUUACAUAUCGCAAGAAAUUGUGUUAUACAGAGACGACUUGAUGAAUAAGCUAAAAAGGAAUGAUAUAAUAUUCCAAGAUCAGCUUCAGCAGCUUGAAGAUGAAGAGGCCGAGAAAGAAAAUCUUCAAGAGGGUUUGGAUGUGAAAAAGAUCGUUGGCGACCAGGGUCCUUACUUGAGCUCCAAAAUCAAACAAGCUAGACAAUUGGUAAAGACUAUUCUUGACCAAGGAAAUCUUCAACCCUUUUUAAAAGAUUUGAAAAUUGUUGAUCCCAAUUAUCUGCAUGCGCUAAGGAUUGAGCCUCUUCCAACAACCUUGGUUCUUUUCGAUACGCGCUUUGAGUCCUUUGAGGUGACUUACAAUGGCUGCAAGGUUGUAAACAUCGGCAGCUUGAUAAGCAACAAAAAUUCUAAGAGGCUUAACUAUGCAGAAUAUUACCCAAGUCACAAGAGCUACUCUUUCAGAGAGCAGUAUUUUUGA